AGGAGGCAGUUUAUUCCAUUCAAGUAAAAUGGGAUCGAAACAGAUUGCGCAGGAAACAUUUGAUGAUGCAGUGCAAGAAAACAUUACAGAAUUUGAAAUGGAUCCAGAAGAGGCUGUGAGAGAAGCUGUGCAGCAGUUUGAGUCCCAAGGUGUUGACCUAAGCAAUAUUGUGAAAGCUGUGCGGCAGCCUGCCUCUGAAAAUGGUCAAAGGCAAAAGCAUGAAAUUUUGCUGACUUUAGAUUCCCUUGAGAGAGCUGUUGCUGACUCUGAUGUUGCUGAGAUGGCUGAGCAGCUAGUGGUCUUCACUGAUCAGUGCAAAGAACAGCUGGCUUUCCGCUACCUGGCUGGGCAGAAUGGUGCCUAUUCUGUGGUGUUCUCUGCUUGCCAGUUGGCUUCAGGAGACAGAAAUUUAAUGCUGAAAGCCUUUUAUACUCUGUCUGCCAUCUUGGAUGGGCAGCCAGACCUACUUGACUCCGCUGGCCAGGAUCUACUGCUACAAACUCUGAAAGAAUAUAGGGAGGAUGCGGAAAUGACGCUGGCUGGGAUCCGAUGCAUUCGGCAUGCCUGUCUGAAACACGAGCAGAAUCGUCAGGACUUUGUAAAAGGUGGGGUUCUGCCGCUUCUGACUGGAGCCAUAGUCCAGCACGGAGACAGUGCCGAUGUCGUCCGAACAGCCUCCUCAGCCCUCAGGAUCAUGACGUUUGAUGAUGACAUCCGUGUGCCCUUUGGUCAUGCUCAUGAUCAUGCUAAAAUGAUUGUGUUGGAAAAUGAUGGGUUAAGAGUCCUCAUUGAAGCUGCAAAAGCAUUCACAGAUAACUCCAGCGUUCUCAGUGAACUGUGUGCCACCCUCUCUCGCCUCUCUGUCAGGAAUGAAUUCUGCCAAGAAAUUGUGGACCUUGGCGGCUUAAAUUUUAUGGUGGCUCUCCUGGCUGACUGCAUCGACCAUCCGUCUAAAACUCUCUCUGCAGCUUUCUAAGCUGAUUUUUAUUGAUGAAUGCAGGACGUGGUGAAGCAGGUGCUGAGUGCCAUCCGAGCAGUUGCAGGUAAUGAUGACGUGAAAGAUGCCAUCGUUAACGCUGGAGGAACGGACCUCAUUGUGCUCGCUAUAAGCCAUCACCUUGCCAGCCCUCAGAUCUGUGAGCAAGGUUGUGCAGCCUUGUGCAUGCUGGCUUUGCGCAAACCCGAGAACUGUAAUGUCAUCAUGGAAGGCGGAGGGGCGUUGGCAGCUCUUCAGGCUAUGAAAGCACACCCACGAGAAGUGGCUGUACAGAAACAGGCUUGCAUGCUGAUCCGCAACCUGGUCUCCCGGAGCCGGGACUUUUCUCAACCCAUCUUAGAGAUGGGAGCUGAGAACCUAAUAACGGAAGCUCGUGCAGCACACAAGGACUGCGAUGAUGUGGCCAAAGCUGCACUGAGGGAUCUUGGCUGCAAAGUGGAGCUGCGAGAGCUGUGGACAGGUCAGAAGGGAAGCCUAGCUCAGUGAAUUAUUGCCCCACUGAGCAGUGGAGCUUCAAGACAUCUAUGUACGUGAAGUCUAAGGGGGGAAACAAAGUGGCAUGGAUUAAUUUGCAGUUACAUUGAACUGGAAUAUCUGAAGCAAAUGCCUGGCUUGUGAGGCUGCAGCGAACUUUUUAUCAGGAGCUACAGCUGAAAUGUCUUUAUGCAUUCACAGGCUGCAAAUCAACUCUGUGUAGUAAUCAUUCCCUGAAUCAUCUAAUGCCUGAAGAUGAUCUGCUCCCCCCUGUUGUUAUGUAUGUUCCUUGUCUACAGAACGUUUUUUUUCUUCUAUACAGUAAGAGCGUAAGUGGCUCUUUUCUGAUGGGAGUUUGGUACGUACCGUGGCAGCUGG